CACCCGCCGCACGCAACAAACACCACCUUUGCAUCACCAAUUCGUCGGCAACGGGCAGCCGCACGAGCUCAUAUCAUCAAUAAACCGUCUAUACGGGUUAUGAAUACGCGCUCUGCCAUCUAAUCACGAGCCCCAUCGACGCCAUGGCGCCCUCAGCAGUGGAGGAGCAGCAGGCGCCGCUGCCAAAUGCGCAAACCUACCCCCCGGCCAAGAUCUAUCCUGUCAACGAGACGCGCUUUGAAAAGAUUAUCGAACAGACAAAUGACGGACAUGCCAAGGCCCUCAGCUCGCAGAAUGGAGCGGCUAUCGUCAUUGACAACGGUUCCCAUGCUGUUCGAGCUGGUUGGUCCUUUGACGAGAGCCCCCGAUUCACAAUCCCACCCAUUAUGGCCAAAUACCGUGAUCGCAAGGCUGGAAAGACGUUUUCGUUUGCGGGUUCCGACUGCUACGCUGACACGACCGCGCGAAGCCACAUCCGACCAGCGUUUGAGGUUGGCACGGGCAUCGUAAGCAACUGGGAUGUUAUGGAACAUGUACUGGACUACGUCUUCUUAAAGCUGGGUAUGAAUGGGGACAGUGAUUCGAUCGACGUCCCCAUCGUCAUGACAGAGGCAGUUGCUAACCUGCCCUAUUCAAGAAAAUCAAUGACAGAGAUUAUCUUCGAAUGUUACGGCGCGCCUUCCCUCGCUUACGGCAUUGAUUCUUUGUUCUCAUACCGACAUAAUAACGGACGAACGGGUGUGGUCGUAUCUUCAGCGCAUACAUCGACACAUGUCAUUCCCGUAUACAACGGCAAAGUUAUGCUUGGACAUGCGACAAGAUUGAACUGGGGUGGUUAUCAAGCCUCGGAAUAUCUUCUCAAGCUCCUCCGUCUCAAAUACCCCAUGUUUACGGGAAAAUCAAACGCUUCCCAGACCGAACAUAUGCUCAAGGAAUAUUGCUACAACUCAAAAGACUACGAAAACGAAUUGAAAGGGUAUCUAAACUGGGAAGGCCUCGAAGACCGAGACAUUGUCAUUCAGUAUCCUUUCACAGAAGAGAUCGUUGUAGAGAAGAGCGAGGAAGAACUUGCACGCAUCGCUGAGAGAAAGAAGGAGAGCGGCAGAAGACUCCAGGAGCAGGCCGCCAAGCUGCGAUUGGAAAGGCUUAUCAAGAAAGAGCAGGAUCUUGAAUACUACAAGAACCUCCAUGCCAAGAUUGCGGACGAAACGAAAAAAGAGACCCGUAGAUUGCUCGAUAGCAACGAUCUUAAGGAUGAGACUGAGCUUGAGCGCAUCAUGCGGGACUUGGAAAAGGCCAUCAAGAAGGCUAGAACGAAAGAUGUCGGUGGAGAUGUUGAAGAAGACCAGGAAGCUCCAAACUUUGACUUAUUGGAGGUACCUGACGAGGAGCUUGAUGAAGUACAACUCAAGGCCAAGCGCCAACAGAAACUUAUGAAGUCAAAUUACGAUGCUCGCCAACGCGCCAAGGCCGAAAAGGAAGCCGAGCGUGCUCGAAUCGCCGAGGAAGAGAGACUUGAUACGGAACGUCGAGAAAACGACCUCGAUAGCUGGCUUGACGAGAAGCGCCAAGCCAGAUUCGAUACCUUGGAGAAGAUUAAGGAGCGCGACCGACUCAAAGCCGAUUUGGGCAACCGUAAAUCGUUAGCUUCGCAAAUACGUAUGAAGAGUAUCGCCAACCUCGCAUCCGACACUCCCACCAAGAAGCGAAGACGCGGCGGCGACGACGAUGAUUUCGGUGCCAACGAUGACGAUUGGGGUGUGUACCGACAAAUCACAGUGGGCGAAAACAGUGACGACGAGCACGAAGAAGAAGAUCUUGCCGCCACCCUCAAGUCCCUUGAACAAGAGCUGCUGCAAUACGAUCCCCAGUUUGACUACGACCAGACGCAGGAGGCGCAAUCCGACUGGUCUAGAUCACUACUGCACGCAUUUGCCCGCGGCCCGCGGCCCUUUGACCCUGCGUCUCAAGCCGAGCUGAACCAGCUGCAUCUGAACGUGGAGCGCAUCCGAGUGCCCGAAGUCGUCUUCCGGCCAUCGAUUGCGGGCGUGGAUCAGUCCGGAAUCGUUGAGAUUGCUGGAGAUGUUCUGAACCAGCGCCUAAGUGGCAUGCCAAACCGUGACGAGUUCCUGCGCGAUGUGUUCCUGACUGGCGGCAACACCCUCUUUGAGAACUUUGAUGAGCGUGUGCGCGGCGGUUUGCGUCCGCUCUUGUCUGCAGAUGUAGAACUCCAUGUUCGCCGAGCCAAGGAUGCUCUACUGGAUGCUUGGAGAGGUGCCGCGAGCUGGGUUGGCACACCCGCUUGGAAGGAAGCUGCCAUCUCUAGAGAAGAGUAUCUUGAGAAGGGCGCUGAGUAUAUCAAGGAACACGACAUGGGCAAUUCGUACGUUUGAGAGUGGCUAAGGCGCCUCAGAGUGUAGACUGCGUCCUUUACUUUCUUGUUAAGCUUUUUUUUGUGUUUGUGUAAUUUGGUAUUGGUAUGUUUCAAGGUGUUUGAGUUAUUCUAAGGAGCAGAUUUUGAGAAAAACAAAAGAAUAGAGUCACUUGAUAUUUCGCACUGAAUAAGUAUUAGAGAUGUCGAUUUCAUGCGCAGUGCGCCUAUGGACCAUACAUGGGGCAUUGCGAAAGUCGCACGUUUAGCCAUGUUAUAAAAGAAAGAGUUCGAACAAAUAUAAAUCACAAGUAAUAAAUCCCAAACAGAGAGCGAUUAGCCCGUUGUUUUCUCCGAAACGCCGCUGGUCCCAAAUAUUCAUGUCAGGUAUGCUCCCCAUCAUCACACUGGCUCACGCAAAUGCAGCAUCUCAGUGUUACGCGGGGGUUUCGUCUGAAGCCAGUACCCGAUUGAUCUCGUCUGGAGACCGGGUAUCCUCAUCGAUGCGUUCGGCCUUGAGGCCGAGAUAUGAGCUAUGUCUCUCCUCGUUCAGCUGCUCCUGGGCAGCAAGACCAGCAACAGCUUGGGCGACGGCUUCGAGCGGCGUACCAGCACCAUCACUGGGGCCAGCUUCUCCUAGAUGCGAAUGCUCGCCGGUAUGGCUUUGCUGAGAGAGAUUAACGUUUGGUGGGGGAGGAGGCACCUCGCCUUGUGUGUCGAGCAGUCUAGAUUGUAGGUGGAUAACGUAUUCGCGGAGGGCAUAGUUUUCACUUUGCAGCUGUUUGAAGGAGUUUUCCAUUUCCAGAAACUCGCGGACCUGUGACUCAAGCUUCUUGAUGUAUCCUUCUUUCCUUUGACGGAAGGCUCGCUAUUAUGCUUCAGUUAGACCACAGCUUCGUAUAUGGGGCACAAGUGUCAGGUGUAGUCUUACCUGUGCUGCACGAUUUUGGGCUGCACGCUUGGACUGUGAUAGUUCUCUCUUCGGUUUGCGAUCGACUUCCAUAGCAGAGCCUGAGGGCAUAGGGCCAGCCUGGUGUUGGGCGCUUGGGUCUGUUGGCGACAGCAUCAUGGGUGAAUGCCCGUGGGUGGGAGAGGCGCGCAGGUCGGGGUGAAUAUGAGCUUCACCAGCAGCUUUUGAUGCUAUAGCACGGAUGGCGUCUUGUGAGGCUAUUUGGAGUUGCUCGUAGCCAUUGGCAGCUUGGUCGGAAGUGGUCUGAUGAUCGCGCGACGCGGUAGCUUCGGCGUCGUGGUUUUGCAGAAGCUCAAGCUGAGCGCGUAGGUGCUGCUCUAUUUAGGGUGAAUAGAAUGUUAGCGGCGAUUGUCACAGUAGGUGGUGCUGUUGAUCCAAGGUGGCCAUGACGCUGCUGGCAGAGGAACGGGGCGAGGCUUUGGGGUCGAAACGCACGCGGCGCUGAGUUGGGGGUAGGGGAGCGCAGUGAUGUUGGACUAUCGCAUCAAAGAACCCCGCGUACAACGAAAGAAGAGGCUCGCGACCCAAAAUGUAGCCGAGGCCGGCUUUGCGACAAUGCCAAACACCGGGCGCCUCUACAUCGAGGUGCGCAAGCAGGCGCGAGACAGGCUGCACAAUUUGAUGGUCGCGGAGAAGACUCGGGGGGAAGAAGCAGCCACUGAAGCAAACUGGCGAUGUGGCUCCGCGGCACAGGCAAAGCGAAAGUCGACAGGAAAUAAAAGAAAUACUAACCUUGAUUGCUGGCACCAUUGGGAGACUGCAUUGUUGGCGGUUUUCUGACUCAGCAGUCGCGAUGAUGACAUGCAAGCCUGGAAUAAAAAGAAGGACGGGAUUAGGAUGGGAUUUUGGGGAAAACGGGUGCGGAGAAAAAGCAGGCAGAUCGGCCGUAUCAGGGAUUAAGAAUCCGAUAUACUAGCCCAAUGCCGAUGCUAUAAGCUGAAUGGAUUGGCGACCACGGUGUAAGAGAUGGCUGCUUGCUGACGUGAAGCUGGGGUG